AUGCGCGUGACCCCGUUGCGCGCCGCCCUGGCCGCCGCCCUGUCCCUGAACCUCGUGCUCCUCCUGCGUCCCCUCGCUGUCCCCUCCCCCCCCUGCCGGCCGCCGCCCCUCCCCCCCGGCGUGACGGUCAUCGUCCGCGAGCUGCCGGACGUCCCCGAGCGCGACGCUUCGGCCACGCUGCGGUCGCUGCACGUGGACCUGUGGCCGUUCUACGCGCGGCCGGACGGGGUGAUGACCAAGGACACGUGGUUGGGUCACCCGCAGGACGUGGAGUUCCCCGAGAGGCUCCUGGAGCCUCCGGCCAGCGUGGCCUUCGCCGGAGUGACCGCCCGGGCCCCGCGCGACCCCCGCGCCUUCCUGGAGCUCAAAUUCGGGGUGGGAGUGGUGGAGAACCCCGAGUACCCCAACCCCGCUGUCCGGAGAUUGGCCGAGGAUUUGGACAAUAAACCACGCCGUGAUGGGGACAGUGAUGGGGGACAGGGCGGGGUCAGGGUGGUGGCGGCCGCAGUGGGGCCACGCCCGGCGCGGUGUCUGCAGAUGGACGUGGACGUCAGGGCGUGGACGGUGAGGUACAGCUACGGUGAGCAGCGGAGUGACCACCGAAAUGACCACUGGAAUGACCACCAGAGUGACCAUCACAAUGGCCACCAGAGUGACCACUACAGUGACCAUCACAAUGAUCUCCAUGGCGAUCCCAGUGACCACCACAACAACCCCCGAGGUGACCACCAGAGCGAUUCCCAUGGUCACAACACCAACCCCCACGAUGACCACCAGAAUGACCACCGGAAUGACCGCCAGAAUGACCACCAAAAUGACCACCAAAACGAUCACCUGAAUGACCACCAAAAUGACCAGCGGAGCGAUUUCUAUGCUGCUCACCAGAGUGACCACUUGAAUGACGGCCAAAAUGACCAGUGGGGUGAUUUCCGUGCUGCCCAGCAGAAUGACCACUUGAAUGACCACCAAAAUGACCAGUGGGGUGAUUUCCGUGCUGCCCACCAGAAUGACCAGUGGAAUGACCACCGGAAUGACCCCCAGAGUGACCCCUGGACCGCCCACCCGCGGCUCUGCGGCGCUCUGGACGGCGCUCCGGCCGUUCUGCUGCUCCGCACCCGCGACCUUUUCUCUCUCCCGUUCCCCCUGAGCCGGCCGGUGGUCACCUCGCUGACCAUCCAGGCGUCCAUCCGCGGCUGGCGGCUGCUCCUGGUGCCGUGGUCAUUCCCGCUGACCGCCCGGUCGCCGUUAUCGCCGCACGGCCAGUGGAAAACGCGGSAGUCGCAGGCUCGGCGCCACCGGGCACUGAUGGCCGAGCUGGGGGUCAAGCUGGAGCUGCUGCCGGACGGCGGCCGGAGCUGGCACGGCUGUUCCAAGGACACCCCGCGCUGUUUUGGCACCGUCCACUCUCAGACCCCGCAGUAUCUCCUGUCCGGCCGCUGGACACCGCCCUGCUGCCUGCGGGCGCUGCGAGCCACCGCCCGGCACGUGCUGGCCCAGCUGGAGGCGGCCGGAGUGCGCCACUGGCUGGAGGGAGGGUCACUCCUGGGCGCCGUCCGCCUCGGGGACAUCAUCCCCUGGGACUACGACGUGGACGUGGGGCUGUACCGCGACGAUGUCCCCAAAUGUCRCUGGCUGGCCCAGGUGGCCGCCACCGGCCGGCCCGUGGAGGACACGGAGGGGUUCUGGUGGGAGAAAGCGGCCGAGGGCGAUUUUUACCGCGUCCACUACAGCCGGACAAACAGGCUGCACGUGGACCUGUGGCCGUUCUACGCGCGGCCGGACGGGGUGAUGACCAAGGACACGUGGUUGGGUCACCCGCAGGACGUGGAGUUCCCCGAGCGGCUCCUGCAGCCUCCGGCCAGCGUGGCCUUCGCCGGAGUGACCGCCCGGGCGCCGCGCGACCCCCGCGCCUUCCUGGAGCUCAAAUUCGGGGUGGGAGUGGUGGAGAAUCCUGAGUACCCCAAUCCUGCUGUCCGCAGGCUGGCCGAGGAUUUGGGGGACAGGACGGACAAUAAAACACCCCGGUGA